AUGGUGCAGUCGGCGGUCAUCUACCGCGACGGCGACAUGAUCGCGCUCAACAAGCCGCCCGGCCUGCCGGUGCAGGGCGGCAGCCGCGUCGCCCGCCACCUCGACGCGAUGCUCGACGCGCUCCGCUUCGACGCAGCGGACGCACCCCGUCUCGUCCACCGGCUCGAUCGCGACACCAGCGGUGUCCUCCUGCUCGCCCGCCACGCGGCGGCGGCGCGAGAGCUCACCGCCCUCUUUCGCACCGGCAGUUGCAAAAACUCUAUUGGGCACUGGUCGUUGGCGUGCCGAAGCCGGCGCAGGGGCGGAUCGACGCGCCGCUCGCGAAGCGUCAGGUGGGCGCGGGCGAGCGGGUGA